GAGCUCUGUUGCUUAGCAACCACUUCCCCAGGUGCUUUUAGAGAAGAUAAAAGUGGUUGCCUGAGGACCAGGAAAUAGGAUUGUAAAUGAUGAUGCUGUAGGAGGACCAGCACUGAUGCCUGAUCCUCUUCAGCACAAGGAGGAGAAGGAAUGCCCAGUUCUGCCUGCAGCUAAGAACUGCCUAGGAAGGACAGUAGAGAGGAAAGCCACGGUCUUGUACUGUGGCAUUUGAGCCAUGGCUGCUCCCAGCCCCCGUAAGAAGCUUAAGACUGAAGCAACUUGCUCCAUUUGCCUAGACUUCUUCACUGACCCAGUACUUAUAGACUGUGGGCACAAUUUCUGUGAAGCCUGCAUUGUCAAGUGCUGGGGGGAGUCCUCCACAAAUGCUGUCUGUCCUCAGUGCAGAGAGAGCGUUCAGCAAAGGGACUUGAGACCCAACAGGCAACUUGCCAAUAUGGUUGCAAUAGCUAAAGAGCUGAGUGGGCAGGCGGAGCAGGAAAUCGGUGGGUGGAGACUCUGCAAGAGGCACCAGGAGCCCCUGAAGCUCUUCUGCAAGGAUGAUGAAGCCCCAAUCUGUAUGGUGUGUGACUGUUCUAAGGAGCACCGAGCUCACAAUGUGAUUCCUGUGCAGGAGGCUGCCCAGGAGUACAAGGGUCAGAUCUGUAUCUUUCUGGAGAUUCUGAAGAAGGGGAAAGAGAGAAUUCUGGCAUGUAAAGCAGACACUGAAAAGAAAAGCCAAGAUCUGCUUAUUCGAACAGAAGCAGAGAAGCAGAAGGCAGUGGCUGAGUUCAGACAACUACAUCAGUUUCUGGAAGAACAAGAGACACUUCUGCUGGCCCAGAUGGAAGAGGUGGUGAAGGAGAUUGUGAAUAAAAGCGAUGAGCAUGUGGCCAAACUCUCAGAGGAGCUCUCCUCCCUUGACAGUGUUAUCCAGGAGAUAGAGGAGAAAUGUCAGCAGUCAGCAAGUGAACUCCUACUGGAUUUAAGAAGCACUUUUAAGAGGUGCAAGGAGAAAGAAAUAUUUGAGAAUCCCAUGGCUUUUUCUCCUGCACUGAAGUGGAGGAUCUGGGACUUCUGUGAUAUAAAUCCCUUCCUGCAGCGUGUCAUGAAGCAGUUCAAAGACACACUGUCAUCUGGAUUUCAGCUGAAGGAAGCAAAUGUCACUCUGGAUCCAGACACAGCUCAUCCAAAACUCAUCAUGUCUGAGGAUCAUAAAUGUGUGAUGCGGGGAGACGAAUGGCAAGAUCUGCCCAAUAAUCCUGAGAGAUUCAACAAACGUUGUCUUGUGCUGGGAUGUGAGGGGUUCACAGCAGGCAGACAUUUCUGGGAAGUCAGUGUGGGAAGUGAGGAGCAAUGGGCUGUGGGGGUUGCCAGACAGUCUGUGAGGAGAAAGAGAAAGAUAAUCUUUAGUCCAAGGGAAGGGAUUUGGGCUGUGGGGAAGUGGGCAGGUAGGUACAGAGCCACCAACCGCCCUUAUUUAAUCCCUCUUUCCCUCCAUUGGGAGCCCAAGAGGAUCCGAGUUUCUCUAAACUAUGCUGGGGGGAGAGUGUCCUUUUUUGAUGCUGAUACCACAGCACUGCUCUACGUGUUCUCAGGAGCUUCAUUCGCUGGAGAGAUCCUUCACCCCUUAAUAUGGGUGAGGAAAAAAGCCCACCUCAAACUCUCCCCUCGGCCCACCCUCUCGCUGGCCGCCUCAGCCUGCCACAUUCUGCCGGCGACCGACUCUUCUUGCUGGCUGGCUGCUUCCUCCGGCCUGCCACCGCAGUUCCUCCUGGCAGCUGGCCGGCCCCCCCACUCCUCUGGCCCAGAGGAAUACCAGAGGCAGGGGAAGAAGCAAGGCGGUGGGCGGGAGGAAGUGGGCCGGCUGGAGGAGGCAACUUCGCGCCAGGCAGGAAGGAAGAUGGAGAGAGGAAAGAGCGGCUUAGCCUGUGGAGAUUCAGCCAUGGCCGCUCCCCGUCUCAGGAAGAAGUUCAAACAUGAAGCCACUUGCUCCGUCUGCUUGGAGUUCUUCCGCGAUCCAGUCAUUUUAGUUUGUGGGCACAACUUCUGCCGGGACUGCAUUGCUCAGUGCUGGCAGAACUCCUCUGCAGAGGCUGCUGCCUGCCCUCAGUGCCGAGAGAGCUUCCAGCCCAGCGACUUCAGGCCAAACAGGCAACUGGCCAAUUUUGUUGCCAUAACCCAAGAGUUCAGUGGGCAGGUGAGGCGGGAAGCAGGAGCGGGGAGAGGCUGCGAGAGGCACCAGGAGCCCCUGAAGCUCUUCUGCAAGGACGACCAAGCCCCCAUCUGCGUGGUCUGCGACCGAUCCAAGGAGCACCGAGCCCAUGAUGUGGUUCCUGUGGAGGAGGCUGCCCAGGAGUACAAGGAUUAUUCUACCGCUGGAUGUGUUUUUGGAGAAGAGAAAAUAUGGUUACACCAUAUUGAUCAAAUCUAUAGCUUUCUGGAAAUGUUGAGGAAGGAGAGAGAGAAAAUUCUAUCAUAUAAAGUGGACACAGAAAAGGAAAGCCAAGACUUGCUUACUCUAACAGAAGCAGAGAAGCAGAAGUCAGUGGCUGAGUUCAGACAACUACACCGGUUCCUGGAAGAACAAGAGAAGGUUCUGCUGGCCCAGAUGGAAGCAGUGGAAGAGGAGAUUGGGAAGAAGAAGGAUGAGCACAUGGCCAAGCUCUCAGAAGAGCUCUGCUCCCUUGAGAACAUUAUGCAGGAGAUAGAGGAGAAAUGUCAGCAGUCAGCAAGUCAGCUCCUGCAGAAUGUCAAAGGCACCUUGCAGAGAUGUAAGGAGAGAAAGACGUUUAAGAAUCCCACAGCUUUUCCUCCUGUACUGAAGUGGAGGAUUUGGGACUUGUGCGAUAUAAAUCCCUUCCUGGAGGGUGUCAUGAAACAGUUCAAAGACACUCUAUCUGCGUUUCAACUGCAGGAAGCAAACAUCACUCUGGAUCCAGACACGGCUCAUCCUGCUCUCAUCCUGUCUGGGAAUAAAAAAAGUGUGAGAGGUGGAAACAAAGAUCAAGAUCUGCCUGACAAUCCUGAGCGGUUUGAUGAAUGGGAAUUUGUGCUGGGAUGCGAGGGAUUCACAGCAGGAAGACAUUGCUGGGAAGUCAGUGUGGGAAGUGAGGAAGCAUGGUCCUUGGGAGUUGCCAGAAAGUCCAUGAAGAGAAAAGGUGGUCUCGAAUGUAGUCCUGAGGAAGGGAUCUGGGAUAUUGGGAAGUGGAGUGGUGAGUACAGGGCCAAUAUUCCAGAUAAUGUUCUUACUCUGUCUCUGAGUGAAGAGCCCAAGAAGAUCCGAGUGUCUCUGAACUGUGCUGGGGGGCGAUUGUCUUUUUUUGACGCUGACUCGGCAACCCUGCUCUACCUUCUCAGAAGCCUCAUUCCCUGGAGAGACUCUCCUGCCCUUCUUUUAUGUGUCUGGAGAAGGCCGUUUGACUCUCUCACCCUGAGGCAGCCCAGGAGUGGCGAUAGAGUUACAUAAAAACUCUGCAGUUGCAACAUGCAUACAGUGUCCUACCCAGGUUCAGGCUCUGGGACACUUUUUUCUCCAUUUUAGGAGCAUAGAGAUUUUGGCGUGGGUUGAGAUCUGUCUUUUUAAUAAACAGUACUCUUCAGAUUCUAAAACAAUUCUCCCUCAGAAGAGGGUUGUAUCCACAAACCAAGAUGGGUUGACUUGACCUCCUGCUCCUUGACAGGGCCUUCUUUGCCGCCGCGAGCUUCGUCUUGGCAGCUUUCAUCAACCAAGCGAAUGGUGUGGUUGGGGUCGCCUCUACCCACUUGGGCUGGCAGACCUGGAAUCCUCUGAAAGGGAGGGAGAAACCUCUCUUGCACGAGUGGGCAUAAUCGAAAGACUGCUAAGCACCGCAGCGGAGGAUGUCGGGCAAACCUGGUCGGGAGCUUGCUAUUCUGUCUUCCUGGUUCACCAACAGGGAAGGUGUGGGGAAAACAAGCUCAAUAUGUGAAAUUCAUGAAAUAAGCGCCAAAGAAGCAUGGACGAAAAACUUUUAGCACCUGCUGGAGCGAGAUAGGACACAAAACUGAGGUUGAGGGAAUUGCUCCUCCCUCCUGGUCACAUGAAAGCUGUGUUAUUGGCCCUGUCUAGGAACAGGAGAUCAAGUCAACCCAUCCUGGUUUGCGGAUACAACCCAAACUUCAGAGGAGAAUGUCCUUUCAGGUAAGUAUCAACGAUUCAUAUUAUUAGUGUCAACUUUAUUACAGUCUCUGACUGGGGCUGGAGGGGGGUGGGGACAGGGGAACAAUGUCACAAAGUUCUGUGUGGUAGCUAGGAAAGUUAGGCAUCAGAUAGUAGACCAGCUCAUGUAACUUGGGGUUUAUUUGUUAUGCUGAGACAUUAUACCAAACUACUAUAAGCACUGUUGGUUCUUAUUUGUGCAAACAUUUUGAUUUCUGGUCUUUGGCUGUAAAUAAACUUGUCUUGACUUGA